AUGUCUGCCACAACGAAGAACGUCUUGGGCAAAGUCAGGCGGAUGGUCCCGCCCAUGCUUGACACAUUCCAUAAAGGUCAGCUUGGCCGGGUUGCUGUCAUCGGCGGCAGCGAGGACUACACAGGAGCGCCGUAUUUCUCGGCCAUGGCCAGUGCAAGGUUGGGAUGUGACAUGUCACACGUUAUUUGCACUCCCGCAGCUGCGGCAGUCAUCAAGACGUACUCUCCCAAUCUCAUGGUACACCCACUCAUGCGCCAGUCGCCUCCGCAAAAACAAUCAUCAGCGGAAAACAAGGAUCCAGAUUCGGACCCCGACCAUGUCGCCAGCAGGAUUAUUGACAUGCUGGGAAGGCUACACGUCCUUGUCGUAGGCCCUGGGCUGGGCCGUGAUCCGCUCAUGCAAGCAACCGUGAGCCGCGUCAUCAGGGCCGCCAGAGACUCUGAAAUGCCCGUGGUUCUUGAUGCCGACGCCCUUCAGAUCGUCCAGAACGAUCCGGAUGUGGUCAGAGGAUACAAGUACGCGGUUCUGACUCCCAACGUGGUCGAGUUCAAGCGGCUGUGUGACGCGCUCAAGGUCGAUGUCGGGCAGCAGACCAGCGAGACGAGCAAGGUGGAAACAUUAGCCAAGGAACUGGGUGGUGUGACAAUUAUCCAAAAGGGCUUCAAGGACUUCAUCUCCAACGGCAAGGUCACCCUAGUGAGCGACCUCGAGGGAGGGAAGAAGCGAAGUGGCGGACAGGGCGAUACCUUGACAGGCACGGUGGCGACCUUUUUGGGCUGGCGAAAGGCUUAUCUGGAUGGCUUGUGGAAAGAUCGUGAGCAGCCUGCUCUGGAUGCCGACGAGAUGAUGGGCUUGGCUGCGUUUGGAGGAAGUGCAGUGACGAGGGAGUGCUCACGGCUAGCCUUUCUCAAAAAGGGAAGAAGUCUGCAGGCAAGCGAUUUGACGGACGAAGUGCAUUCCGCUUUCAUGGCGCUCUUUGGCGAGGUCGAUGAAGCAGAUGCGGCAAAGCUUUAA